AUUAUUGUUGUUUGAAUGUAGUCCGCUGAUUAAAUUAGGCUCAUUCGACGACCACUUCCGUAAUUCAAAACCAGCUUUGUUUAACACCGUUUGCAAGAGCAGUAUACGCGCGACACAUCUCAGUGACACUAUGUCAAAAUUAAUAUUUUCAUCGUCUGAUGACGAAAUAUUAAUUCAAGAAGUUGAAAAUAACCCUAUAUUAUAUAAUAUAGCUGCUACGGAUUAUAAAAAUAUUAUAAUUAAGGACACAAUUUGGAUAGAAAUAUCGGCAAAAAUUGAACAAUUUGUAGAUGAAACGAAAAAGCGCUGGAAAAAUAUUAGAAAUUCGUACUCGCGAAAUAAAAGGAAACUGGGAACUGGAUCGGCAGCAUCAAAGAAAAAAAAGUGGUCAUUGGCAACACAUCUCACUUUUUUGGACCAAGUUGAAUGUGAACGAGACUCGGCUUGUAACGUAACUAUAAAUCAUAGUAUGGACGUUCCUUGCGAUGAAGAAAAUGUCGUUGAUACACUAUGUGAAGCAGCUAAUAGUUUACCGACUGAAACUUUAAUUAGAAAGCGUUGUAUUUCUAAAUCAAAAAAUGUUGCCGAUUUAUUUGUGAAUAAUUCAGAGGAACGAAGUUUGCUUAUUAAGAAAAUUAUGAAUCAAAAUGAAAAACUAUUGGAAAAGAAAGAAGAAAGUUUCGAUGAACUUGAUUUAUUUUUUAAAACUAUGGCCGUAACAGUUAAAAAAUUACCAAUCAAAGGGCAACUCGAUGCUAAGAGAAAAAUUUUUUCAUUGAUGACUGAACUUGAAGAAAAGUAUUUGUUAGACGAACAACCUAUACACCCACAUGCUGUUCAACAACAUUUACAAACAUUGCAUUCCUUCCAGCCUUCACCAUCAACAAGUAUGUACUCAACAUCUUCAGACUCACAGUUUUCCAUGUACAACUAUGAUGGCCCCACUACUGCAUAACAUUUUACAAUCUGUAAUAUGUUUUAUUUUGAUUUUCAAUUUUUAUAUUCGCUUAUUUACAUACUGAGUACUAAAAGUUUUAAUUUUUAUUAUUUUUUUUGUAAAAAUAAAAUCUACGUUUAUUUUAUAUGAUGACCUAUAUAUUUUUUUCAUUAACAUUUACUUGUUGAGUAGUUUAUAAUUUUUAUUAAA